AUGGUGUCCUGUCGUUUGUAUCCCAAGAUGAUGAAACACGUAGUUGUUCCCUGCCAGGUUCCAUUGGAAAGCAUCAUGCACUCGAACGAAUUGCAGUGGCUUGCAUGUGGCCCCAAUGUUCAAGUUAGUCGCUUUACAUCUUACAACGUAAAUGGAUUUAAGUUUAGAACCCUAUCGAGAGAAGAAAGGUUGAAAGCCCAAAAUAGCCGGGUUCAUGUCACUUUUGACACUAGGAGUUAUGCAAGCAAGCGCAACAAUAAUGUUGCUGUUGGUAGCAUCUUGUAUUACGGAAAACUAGUGGACAUCAUUGAGUUAAAUUACAGCGGAAAAUUAGAAGAGAGGGACCUCUUUCUUCGUGGAUCUAGCUUCUCGUUAUGCAAGGCGAUAGAAGAGGCAUCUACGUUCUCUUCGCUGGAGCACGCAACAUCAAUCGAAAGAGACUUGUUCAACAAGUUGCCAAUUAGAGCAUGGUUGGAUGCAUUCUCAGCACAUAGGCACAUAGGGGUUGUAUUGUAUAAGGUCAAUGUAGGCAACUUUGCACGGUGUCUUUGUAGGGCUGGAAAGUUUGAUAAAGCCUUUAUGAUAAUAUGUGAAAUAAUGAGCAAGGAUUUUGUUCCAGAUGAUAGUAGAUAUUCUACAGUGAUUCAUUUUUUAUGUAAUGCCUUCAAGGUAGAUAAGGCUUUUCUUUUAUUUGAAGAAAUUAAAAGGAAUGGCAUUGUUUCCAGCGUUUACACCUAUACUAUUUUGAUUGGUAGCUUUUGCAAAGCUGGUCUCAUCCAACAAGCUCGCAAAUGGUGUGAUGAAAUGUUAAGGUAUGGUUGUACGGCUAAUGUGGUGACGUAUACUGUAUUUAUUCAUGCAUACCUGAAGGCAAGAAAGUUGUCUGAUGCAAAUAAACUAUUCGAGGUGAUGAUGGUACAUGAAGGUUGCAUGCCAAAUAUUGCUACAUAUAUAGCUUUGAUAGAUGGUCAUUGUAAAGCUGGGCAGAUUGAAAAAACUUGCCAGAUUUUUGUCAGAACGCAAAGUGACAUAGAAACCUCUAAUACGGACAUGUAUUUCAAAUUGGAUGAUGAUAACAACACUGAAGAACCAAAUGUUAUUACAUAUGGGGCUUUGGUGGAUGGCUUAUGCAAAACAAGCAGGGUUAAACAAGCCCGUGAAUAA